UACUGUUGUAAACAUGUCAAUGUCAAGUAAUUGUCAAAGUGUAAUUUUAUUUGUAUAAGUAGAAUCAUUAAAGUUGUUUAAUUUUUUUAAUCGUAAAAUUAUACAUUAUUGUCGCCAAAAUUCAGUGCAACUUAACGUAGAAGAAUUACAUUACUUGUAGAACCAAGAAAAUUUUAGAAGUUUUUUCAUUUAAUUUCAUAACUACGCGUAAUUCACAUUGUUGAUUAGUAAUGGACGAAGAGGUGUUGACGACUUUAAAAAUCCUCAUAAUUGGAGAGAGUGGUGUUGGAAAAUCUAGUAUUUUAGUUCGCUUUACUGAGGACAACUUUGAUCCUGAUCAAACUUUAACAAUUGGGGUAGAUUUUAAAACCAAGAAACUCACAGUCGAUGGCAACACCGUAAAGCUAGCAAUAUGGGACACAGCUGGUCAAGAGAGAUUUCGAACAUUAACACCAUCAUAUUACCGCGAUGCACAAGGAGCUAUUUUAGUUUAUGAUGUCACCAACUAUUCCACAUUUGCAAAAUUGGAAACAUGGUUGAGCGAAUUAGAAACAUACUCAACAAAGGCAAAUAUAGUGAAAAUGAUUGUGGGAAAUAAAAUUGAUAAAGAAAAUCGGGAAGUAAAUAGAGAAGAAGCGAUGAAAUUUGCCAGGAAACAUCAAACACUAUACAUUGAAGCAAGUGCUAAAACUAGAGAUGGGGUACAAUGUGCUUUUGAGGAAUUAGUGCAUAAAAUCAUACAAACUCCAGGACUUUGGGAAUCAUUUGCUUUGAAUGGAAACUUCCAGGUAGAUAAUAAGGAUCAUCCAUCAGAUUCUGGCUCUUGCUACUGUAGCUUGACCUAGAUACUCUUAAUAUUUGUGCUAUUUUAUCUAAAUUGGUAAUCUUAGAAUAACAAAUUAAUAUAUUUUCAAUAAUUUAUAGUCAUGUAAAUGUGUAUUCAAAACACAUUAAAUUAAGUUGAAACUA